GCCGUAUACGGCCCGCGGGCCGUAGUUUGCCCAUUGCUGGUCUAGCCUGUGGUCAUGCUGAACAAUGUUUCAGGAAGCAUAGCAUUCUCCACGGCUUCUCCAGACCCUUUCACAUCUGUCAUAUGUGCUCAGGCUCCUGUAUUCCUGUACUGUGUCCGCAGUCUCUGGUCUUCUCCUGUACUGUGUCCGCAGUCUCUGGUCUUCUCCUGUACUGUGUCCGCAGUCUGUGGUCAUCUCCUGUAGUAUGUCCGCAGUCUCUGGUCAUCUCCUGUACUGUGUCUGUAUUUCCCUGCAGUCUCUGGUCAUCUCCUGUAGUGUGUCUGCAGUCUCUGGUCAUCUCCUGUAGUAUGUCCGCAGUCUCUGGUCAUCUCCCAUAGUAUGUCUGCCGUCUCUGGUCAUCUCCUGUACUAUGUCCGCCGUCUCCCUUUCACGUCUGUCAUAUGUGCUCAGGCUCCUGUAUUCCUGUACUGUGUCCGCAGUCUCUGGUCUUCUCCUGUACUGUGUCCGCAGUCUCUGGUCUUCUCCUGUACUGUUUCCGCAGUCUCUGGUCAUCUCCUGUACUGUUUCCGCAGUCUCUGGUCAUCUCUUGUAGUAUGUCCGCAGUCUCUGGUCAUCUCCUGUAGUAUUUCCGCAGUCUCUGGUCAUCUCCUGUACUGUGUCCGCAGUCUCUGGUCAUCUCCUGUACUGUGUCCGCAGUCUCUGGUCAUCUCC